AUGGAGCCGAUGAGACUACUCAUGCACUCCAUUGAUUUCACUUGCAAAGAUGCACCUAUCGAAAAUCAGCGACCGCUUCGAGUCCGUGUGAUCGGUGCUGGCUACUCAGGCGUUUACCUGGGAGUUAGAAUCCCGCAGCGUUUGCGCAACAUUGACCUCAAGAUAUAUGAGAAGAAUGCAGGAGCUGGAGGAACCUGGUGGGAGAAUCGGUACCCGGGCUGUGCCUGUGACAUCCCAUCUCAUUCUUACCAGUAUACGUUUGCGCCAAACAAGGCUUGGUCAGGCUUCUAUGCUCCAGCCAAGGAAAUUUGCGAAUACAUACAGGAUGUUGCAGAGAAGUAUGGAGCCAAUCGAUUUAUUCAUGUUCGGCAUUUGGUUACCGCUGCUACCUGGAGUGAUACCACGAAGAAAUGGAUCAUCACAGUUCAAACCAACACUGGUGAGACCUUUACCGAGGAAGCCGACAUCGUCAUCGCAGCCCGAGGCAACCUGAACAACAUGGCUUGGCCAGAUAUUCCCGGUCUUGAUACCUUCAAAGGCAAGAAGAUGCACUCAGCCGACUGGGAUCAAGAAUACGACUUCAAGAAUAAAACCAUUGGCAUCAUCGGAGGAGGCUCGAGUUCGAUUCAGAUUGUGCCAGAGCUUCAAAAAGUCGAGGGCGCGAAGUUGAAUUGCUUCGUUCGCAGCAAGGUUUGGAUUUCGAACCGCUUUGGUGAUGAGACAAUGGCACAACUGGGUUGGGACUCCUCCGACACCAAAUUCUCUGCUGAGCGCCUGGAUGAGUUUGCAAAGAAUGACGAUGCAUAUCUCCGAUUCCGCAAACGUAUCGAAGAUGAUGGUAACUUGGUCCAUCUCUCAUCCAUUCGAAACUCGGAGAUGCAGAAGUCGUUUGUUUCUAUGUUUUCGAAUAUCAGUAAUGAGCGCCUCGCCUCGCGUCCCCAUCUGCUUAAAUCGUUUUCGCCGAGCUUUGGUGUUGGAUGCCGUCGCUUGACACCAGGGCCAGGCUACCUCGAGGCCCUCGUCCAGCCGAACGUCGACUUUAUCACGCAGAGUAUCCAGAGCAUCAACGAGACGGGUCUGAGACUAUCUGGCCCUGAAGAUCGGCAAGUAGACUUUGAUGUAUUGGUCUGCGCGACAGGUUUUCAUACCAACUACAUCCCUCCAUUCCCUGUCAUCGGCAAAGAGGGUCAGACACUUGAAGACAAGUUCAGUCUUUUCCCCGCCACCUAUCUCACCAUGACUGUAGAUGACUUCCCCAACUACUUUAUGAUGCUGGGACCCAACUCUGCGCUUGGUGCUGGAUCUCUCACGUGUUUGAUCGAGGCACAAGGCGAUUACAUUGUAAAAUGCAUCCGCAAGCUCCAGAAGGAGGACUAUGUGACCAUGGUGCCGAAGCAGGCCCGUGUCAGAGAUUUUGCGGAGUAUAUCGGAGAGUACUUCAAGAAGACGGUCUACAUGGACGACUGUAAGUCCUGGUAUAAGACAGGUGGUGGGCACGGCGACAAGAUCUCGGCCCUGUGGCCGGGCAGCCUCUUACACGCAAUGGAGACGUUCCGCGCGCCGAGAUGGGAAGACUUUGACUUUGAAGAGCUACAUCAGAACAGACUUCGGUGGUUAGGCAAUGGCUGGAGUAUGUGUGUCAUGGAGGACGAGGAGCAAGGUGAUCCGAGUUGGUACAUAAACCCGGAUGCAGUGGAUGUGCCCCCUCAACGAAAACCAGAGGAGGAUCCAAAGAUCUUGGCACGACCUUGGUCUUAUUGA